CUGUCUAAUCUGUGACUGUGGUGGUCAAAUUUGAAAGAAAUUAUUCCAUUUCACAUGCCUCUUUACAAAUACAAUUUCUUGUAAAUGUAAUUAAAUAAAAGUAAAAUUAUACAUUUUAUUAUUUGUAUCUAUAAUCGCUUCUAAUUUCAUAUUGGUACUUACAAGUACAUAUUAUUAUUUAUCAGGAUGCCUCCUAAGAAGGUUGAAGAACCCGAAAAGAAGCCUCUUAUUGGAAGAGUAGGAACUAAUUUAAAAGUUGGCAUUGUUGGGGUCCCCAAUGUUGGGAAGUCGACAUUUUUUAAUGUGUUAACAAAAAGCCAAGCAGCAGCAGAAAAUUUUCCAUUCUGCACCAUUGAUCCCAAUGAAAAUAACAAACCUGUAAUGCACCCUGGUUUAUUCGUAACUCUGAGGUUCAUCACCACCUGGGGAUCAACUCUCAAGGAGGAAAUCUCUCAAACAAUAAAAAAAUAUAAAAUCAAGCGGAACAGACAUCCAAAUAAACUUGCUGUUCAACUGACAUUGCCUGAUUAUAUGACACGUCUUAAGAGACAUAAAAUACCAGACUUCAACAACCUGACAAAAAUAAUUUUAUACGGAAAUCCUUAUUCUAAAAUGAUAAGAUUUGAGAAUUAUAAAGAUAAUUUGGUUAUUUAUGACAAAUAUGAUUUGCAAAAUUUUGAAAUCAAGAAUUGUAUGCUAUAUAAUGGACCCAUGCAUAUUAUUGAUAAAAGGGUGCCUAUUAAUACAGAUUGUAAAGUUAAGCCAUUAGCUUCAGCAGUGCUGGGUAUAAAUAAUACAACAAUACCACUUCCAGAUAAUACAGAAUUUUGUGACUGUUGGACAGACAUUGAUGCACAGGAAUUAUAUCUAACUGCAAAACCUACAUGCUAUUUAAUUCUGAAUAAACCUGGUGCAGGAGCAUAUUCUCUUGGUGAGGCAAUUUCAAAGAAAUACAACUGCGUUCAUUUGUGUCCAUGGAAUGUUAUCAAUGAUGAAAUAGAACAAGCAAGUUUGACUGGAGACUGUUUAGACUUUAAUUUCAGACUUGGUAAUGUGUUGAAAUUUGAUAACAUAAUGACCAUAAUAAAAAGGAAAUUAGAAUCGCCUGCAGUAAAGCAUAGAGGCUAUGUUUUAUCAGGAUUACCUCUUGUGACAUCCAGUAGAGAUUUAUUAUACUUUGUAAAUACAUUGUAUUCAGAAGAAGCAAUAAAAGUAGUGAAGGAUUUAUUACUAGAUUUAAUUUGUAACUUAAAGAAAAGGAAACCAAGAAAAACGAAAAAUAAUUUGGCAUCCCCUGUUACUUCAUAUAGUAGUGAAGUAAUAAUAGGUGAAGAGGAUGAAUCUGAAGAGGAACAACAUGCAGAAGAAAUACAAGAAACUAAUGAACAAGCAGUUGCAUUGCCUAAAUUUUUACUUGAACCUUGUUCUAAUGUUUUUUUACCUAAAAAGACUUUUUGUGGUACUAAGCAAACUAUAGUACUUGAACAAUUAAAUGAAUUGUUCAAUUUAGCAAUGAAACCAGACAUUAUAGUUUACUUGACUUGUACUGAUAUUGAUUUAGUAACCAAAAAGAAUCAUAAAUAUUUAAAUUAUUUAAAUAAUUUACAUAGCAUUACACCUUUUCUUGUAAAACAGGAAUCAGAAACUAGAUGGCCAGAAAGAUAUUCAAUUAGUGACUAUUUGACACCUUACGAUUCUCAUAAUUUUAACCCUAAAUACAAUUGCCAGCAUCCAAUGAAUUUUGUAGAGAAUUCAAUAGACCAGUUAUAUAACUAUAAACAAAUUAUUUUACCAUAUCUGGAAAAAAAACUUGGGGAUUUUAAUCAUAAGCAUGUUAUAAAGUUGGAUGCACGAACUUCAACAUAUUGUAUGAUUCAUAUUUUAAAUGAGAUAUUUUUUACUUUGCCAAUAAAACCUGUUCUUAUACCUAAACCUCUUUAUAUCGAAGAACCCCCACAAGAUAUUGAAGAUUUUUGGAGAUUGGUUAAUGAAUUAAAUGUCAUUAAUUGUGGGGUUAUUAAAUUUAGUUGUCACCCAUCUCCUUGGUUUAAUAGAUGUCCUGUACAACUUAAAAAAAGGCAAUCUGUUUUAGGAAAUACCAAAUUUGCUGUUAGCUUCUUUAAGCAUGUUUAUCUUUUAUCUUCCUUAGAAUCCAUGAUAAAAUUUUGUAGAAAUCCUCGUCCAUUUUUAAAACUGAAUUAUUUAGAACCCACAUGUAGAAUAAUAGUGUUAGGAACUAGGUCUUCAGGUAAAACUAUGAUUUCACAAUGUCUCUCCUGGAUUUUUGAUGCUCCUGUUAUAAGUUAUGAAUUAUUUUUACAACAGCAAAAAUGGAAAAAAUAUGAUAGUUUUGCAAGAACUAUAUUAUCUGAAAUAAUAGCUACAAUAGAGGAUACCAGAUAUGAGAAAUGGCAACAGAUGGAAACGGACCGACUUGCGAAGCUGGAUUUAUGGCUAGAUUUAAAUUUACCUCUUUUAAAAAAAUAUAUAUCUUUAUUAACUGUAUAUCUGAAUUCUAUGCAGCAAAAGAAUAAUGAAAUGGAAGAACAAACUGAAGUACCAGAUGCAAUAUUUCUGAACAAAUUAAAAUUCUUAAAGGAUUGCUUGUCAUUUCUACCAUUUUUAGAUAAUAUUGAAUUAUGUAAAACUGUUGUUAAUGAAAAGAAUUUAAUUCAGUAUGCUCCUCUUGAAUUAACCACUAUUACAAAGAAACCUAUGAUACCAGUCCUAGGUGAUAAAGAUGUAACACAAGCUAUCACAGCCUACAUUGUAGCUAAUGAUUUACAACAGGAAAUUGAACCUACUAUUGAAGAAUUGGUAAGGGAAAUAAUUAAUCUAUUGUCAAGUUUGGACAAAGAAAUGCAAAUGAAUACAGAUUUUGAUAAAUGUUAUGGAAAAUAUGUAAUAGACGGAUUUCCAUCUGAUCCAGAAUAUUGGAAUUAUCUUAGUGAAUCAAAUAUGUUACCUGACAAUACUAUUGCAGUAAUAGAGAAUAAAGAUGUUGAGCCAGAAAUUUUUAAGCAUUAUUUAGAAAUUGAAAAGCACCUCAAGAAUCAUCAAGAAAGAUUUAUUUUAGCAAAUGAUCCACUCAUUAAAACGGAACUAUUAAGAAACAAAGUGGUUGAUACCAAAGAGAUAGAUAUUCAAAUAAUUAUUCACGAUUUAGUAAAUACUGCUUUUGAUUCUACAUCUGUUACACAAACAGAUUUUGAAAGCAAUUCAAUUUCCGAGAGUCUACAAUCAGAUUUGUCAUCAUUUGUCGAAUCUUUGGAUAAAUUUCGAGAAAACUGGGAUACUGUAAAAUUAAAAUUAGAGGAAUACUCUAAAUGUUUUAUUGAAGUAGAGCUUGAUCUUAAAACGGAUAUCGAAAUAGUUGAAGAAGUUUUAUUAAAAUUACGUAAGAGUUAUUAUAUAACUCCCGAAAUUCAUGAACAUGAUGAAAAUGAAAUACUAGAUGUUGAAGAUGAACUGCCAAAAGAUAUCCUUACGUAUAAUGAUGCCCAAAAAUUAUGUGAAACUAAUAUAUAUUGUCCAAUAGCUUAUCAUAAAUACGGCACAUUGUGGGAAGGUAAAUCAGAAUUCAGUAUUAAAUAUGACAAUAAAAUUUACUAUUUUUGUAACGAGGAAUCUUUAGAAUUAUUUCAAAAGGAUAUAACUACAUAUCAACAUUAUAACGAUCCUUUUAAACGUCUACCUCCAUUGAGAAUAUGCAUAAUCGGUAGUAUUGGUAGUGGUAAAACAACUGUUUCAAAAUGUAUAGCUAGAGAAUUGGGUUUGAUCCACUUAGAUUUCUCAGAAAUAGUCCAUGAAUAUUUAAUACCAAAACAUUACAAAAAAGUGGGACGACAAUUUGAAAAUAGUUUUACUGAUAUGCCAAUAGAUGAAGAAGGCGUAUUAGAAUUCCAAAUGGGUGAAGAAAACGAAAAUUUAGCUUCAGAUAUAUUAUCAAACGAAAUGGAAUUACGCCGUAUGGUAUAUAAUUAUUUUGAAAAAGGAACACCUAUAAUGUCUCUAUUAAUGCAAAAACUAAUUAAAAAAAUAUGGUUUGAUGAUCCUUAUAGGGUAACAGGUUUUGUGUUGGAUGGUUAUCCUAGAUUACCAGCUGAUGUACAUGAUAUGAUAGCAUGCUUCUGUAUUCCAGACUUAAUAAUUGAAUUGGAAUCUAAUUCAGAAACAAUGUUACAAAGGAUGUCACCUCAUAUGUUUAGAACUUGGAAAAAUCAACUGAAUGAUACUAAAACAAGAGCCAAAAUAAAAUUCGACAUAGAGAAAAAGAAGUGGAGUGAUUUUAUUACGAAGAAUGUCGUUAUUAAACUAAUUUGUGAUGAACUUAUAGAAAAUAUAUUCUUCCCUGAAAGGUCACUUGCGCUAGCUGUCUCUAAAGAAAGUGUUAUAAUGGAUGCUAAUCCAUCAGGAUCUUCUAAUGUAGAUGCUAAUCUAUUUAAUAAUUUUAAUGAAAUGGUUCAGAUGUACCCGGAACCUAUAGAUCAAAGUGAAUGGGAAAAACCAAACGAUGCCCGUGAAAGGCUGAACUCGAGAUUAGAAAGUAUUUUCGAAAUAGACGAUGAAAAUAUUCUAACAUUGAAGGAUGUGUUAACAGAACAAAAAAUUAAACUAACAUCAGUCGAUAGCACAAAAAGUUUACACAAAGUUCUGACAGUUACUUUAUCUAAGUUAACAAAGCUAAGACAUCGCUGCGAAUCGUUUUUUGAACAAACAUUUAUAGUUGACUGUGACAUCGCAGAAUUGUUAUUAUUGGAAGGCUUUUAUUUUUUAAGUAAAUUUAAUCGGUUUUGUCCUGUACACAUAUAUGAAAACCCAAAUGCUGUACUGAAUCCAUAUAAAAUAAACAAACGUAAGAGUAAUAUAUUUCCGAUAAUAUAUAGAUCUUACAUUUACUUUAUUAUUAGCGAAGAAUAUGUGCAGAAAUUCAGGCAAAAUCCGCUCAAAUACGUACAAAAAAGUCCUAUGAAACUAUAUUUGGAUUAUCCUCUCAGAAUUGGAAUAAUUGGACCACCAAAAUCUGGGAAAAGUAUCUUAGCAAGAAGGUUGUCGAAUAAGUAUGGAUUAUUAUGUCUUUCCAAAGGCAUGGCUCUAAGGUAUAUAUUAGAAAAUAUGUACUGGACUGAAUUAGCUUCUAGAAUUAUGAAAGCGUUGCGCGACGGAGAAUUAGUUAAUACUGAUCUUGUAGUAAAAGCCAUACAAACUAUCACAAUUGAUCAUCGCGUUAUUACCAACGGAUUUAUAAUGGAUGGGUUUCCUGAAACAUGUUCCGAAGCAGUGGAACUGUCAAGAAUAGGUCUCUAUCCACUUAUAAUGUUUGAUAUAUCUGCAACAAAAAAUAAUGUAUUGGAGAAUUCACAAAAUGAAGUUUAUUAUAAUAUUUUAAAAAAUAAGCCACCCUACUCGUUUCCUUUCAUUGAAUACCGAUAUACGAAAUGGUUUGAAACUAGUCAUCGAAUUAGAGAUUGGAUAAACAAGGACUAUCAAAAUAUUUACGUUAUUGACGGAAACCAAUCAAGAUGGCAAUGUUUCCGAGACGCUGAUAAUAUUAUUAAAGAGAUAAUUAAUAAAGUUCUUAAUUAUGUUAAUAACGUAAACUUAAAUAUUGUACCCGCCGAUGUCAUGUGUAUUUCUAAUGAUCUUUUUCGAGAACGAAUGUCAAAUUUUAAAAAUAUGUGUCCACUAUGUUUACAAAAAAAUGUUUUAAGUCAUAACACUUACGUCUUAGAUAAAAAAGCAAGUAGGGUACCAGUCCCAGAUGAGAGAUUUGACUAUCUUUGUGAAUACCACAAGCCUGCCAGUAAAGUACCAGCAUUUUUGAACGUAGUUGAUAUAGCUGGGUUGGUGCGCGGUGCUGCUGAAGGUCAAGGUCUGGGCAAUGCUUUCUUGUCACAUAUUAAAGCCUGCGAUGCUAUUUUCAAUUUAUGCCGUGCAUUUGAUGAUGAGGACGUCAUUCAUGUUGAUGGUGACGUUAAUCCUGUAAGAGACCUGGAAACCAUUGGCGAAGAGCUGAGGCUCAAGGAUGAGGAACAACUGUUGCAAAAUCUAGAAAAGUUAGACCGUGUAGUUAACCGCGGCAAUGAUAAGAAACUCAAGCCAGAAUAUGAUGCACUGAAUAAGAUUAAAUCUAUUUUGGUGGAUGAAAAGAAACACAUUAGAUUCGGUGAUUGGAGUGCUGCAGAAGUAGAAGUACUGAAUAAAUACUUAUUCCUGACAUCAAAGCCAGCUUUGUAUCUUGUCAACUUAUCUGAAAAAGACUACAUUAGGAAAAAGAACAAAUGGUUACCAAAACUAAAGGAAUGGAUCGACAAGAAUGACCCUGGGGCGCCAUUAAUACCUUUCUCUGGGGCUUUAGAAACAAAAUUAUUCGAUAUGGAGGCUGCUGAAAAACAAGCAUUUUUGAAAGAACAAAACAUUACAAGUGCAUUGGACAAAAUAAUUGUGCAAGGCUACAAAGCGUUGCAAUUAGAAUACUUCUUUACCGCUGGUCCUGAUGAAGUUAAAGCUUGGACAAUUCAGAAAGGUACAAAAGCACCUCAAGCUGCAGGCAGGAUUCAUACAGACUUUGAGAAAGGCUUCAUUAUGGCUGAAGUAAUGCAUUAUAAAGAUUUCAAGGAGGAGGGUACCGAAGCGGCUUGCAAAGCAGCAGGCAAAUAUCGUCAACAAGGCCGAAACUACGUGGUUGAAGAUGGAGAUAUUAUAUUCUUCAAAUUCAACGCUGGGGCAGGAUUGAAGGAUGCAAAAAAGAAAUGACGUGACAAGGUACUUCUGCUGUUAGUACAUAUGUUAUACUUUAACCUCGUACUCUAUUCGUUACUACACGUCGCUUAAAUUAACUUUUAAGGAUUGUUUUAAAAUAAUAUUAAUAUUUAUAUCAACUCUCUAAUGGAAUAAAGCUUGUUGAUGUUUGUACAGGGCAGUUUAUUUGUAUAUCGUUUAAAAAUUUCCUUAAAUAAAAUAAAAUAAUAAUGAUACCAGUAUAUUUAUAUUUUACUUUAUUUCAAAAUAUAUAAAUUACAAACUAGUAUCUAUGUUAAUAACAGAAAACAAUAGGUAUACAAUUUUGCGUAAAUAUGACCACAUUUUGUAAAUAAGUAUAA